UGAACAUCAAAUGUAACCCUCCAUAGUUUCUCUCUUCUCCUGUCACAAAGAUCUCUAGAACCAACUUCGAAAUGGCGAUUCAUGAUGCCGUCCAGAAUAAACAGGCUGUCACCGUGAGCCUGCAGUCGCUAAAAGAUGGAGAUGUGAGCUUCGAAUUGCUUGAAGAAGCCUUUGGCCAGGAUUCGCUCGGCAUCAUCGUCGUUAAGGAUCUGCCGGCGGAAUUCCCCUCGCUCAGAAAAAACCUGCUUUCCUAUUCCUCGUAUCUGGCGAAUCUACCGGCAGAAGAGCUUCGUAAACUGGAACACCCAGAUGCGAAGUGGCUUGUUGGCUGGUCGUGCGGCAAGGAAAAGCUCAAGGACGGCCAAUUCGAUACCUUGAAAGGCUCCUACUACGUGAACUGUAGCCCUUCGUUUGCGGACACGGAGUCCCAGGCAGAGCUUGUGGAGAAAUACCCUGGCUUUCCAGAGUAUACCGCGUCGAACGUUUGGCCGCCUGAAGAUGUUCUUCCCGGCUUUGAGCAUACAUUUCGCGAUCUCUGUCGCUUGAUCAUCGAUGUGGCAACGCUCGUUGCGCGCGCAUGCGAUAGGUACGCCCAAGCUAAAAUCGACGGCUACAUGCCUGGAUACUUGGAGCACGUUGUAAAGACCAGCAAGGUUUCGAAGGCCAGGCUGCUGCAUUACUUUCCGAUGCCACCGGAAAUGACAAAAGACGCAGACGAGGACGACUGGUGCGCGACCCACGUCGAUCACGGGUGUCUUACUGGACUCACAUCGGCCAUGUUCGUAGACGAGUCCCAGGAAGUUCCGCAUCUGCAUGGCGGCUUCAAGCCUCUGGAGGAGUUAAAUGGCUCCCCCGACCCCAAGGCUGGACUGUACAUACGCUCCCGAUCUGGGGCCACCGUCAAGGUGGGCGUUCCAAAGGAUUGCCUCGCGUUUCAGACGGGCGAGGCGCUUGAAAUCAUCACGAAAGGCAAGUUCAAAGCAGUGCCACAUUUCGUCCGAGGCGCAGAACCCGUGCCUGGAGCGAAGAUUGCACGGAACACGCUUGCGGUCUUUACACAGCCAAACCUGUGGGAAAUGGUUGAUGAAAAGAGGGAUUUCGCAGCCUUUGCGAAAGAGAUCGUAGAACGCAAUCAUUAAGCGCAGCGAGGAGGUUGAAGGGGUCUAUGAAUCUAUGAAUCAUGUCUUUACUCAUCAUCACUUUCUCCAGGCUUCUUUCUCUUUUCUGGGGCUGGUUUAUGCGCAGCUUCGUAGGCGUAGCGCUCAUUGAUCUCAUUGCGGUCCAGAAUAAAGCCUUCGACAUGCUCCGGAACGUUCUUGAUACGGUUGUACGGCCCCGGCUGCGGCUCGCCGUAUGUCUCGUACACCGGAAUCACACCAGUCCAAACCUUGUUUAACACGUCUUCUCUAGUCAGAUCCUUCUUCUCAUCAUUUGGCACGCCCUCGCGCACUUUACCACUGGCAGCCGUGAUUUUUACUUUCAAUAUACGCGUUGACUGCAUCUCCGCACCGUCGGGUGGUAUACGGCUAUUCGACCAUCGGUCAGGAACAACACUGUUUGUCACGAGCUCCAUAGCCCACAGUUUCUCCUCGUCGUUAUCGACAAUGGUUCCAUACCCGUGUAUGACGGCGGAGCGGUAAUUGUAGUUGUGUGAAUUUGGUGUCAAUGUCAACACGAACCCGUCGACUUUGGUUGCAGCAAUGCAAAUGGGCAGCCCUUCUCCGCCCGACUUGAUGGAAUCGUCUGCAAGACGCAUGAGCCGCGACGACACAUAACCGUGGAGGUAGACGUGAUCUUGUUCGUCCCCGGAGAAACGACCUAUCUGGCCUAUCAUCGGUAAGAUGACUGGCAGAGGCACGGAUGGAUCAGGCACGAAUGAGACAUGUACCACGGGUGUGUUGUUCACCGUCGAGUGAAUGAAGUCAACGUCAUACGUCGCUGCGAGCUUGUCAGCUUUGGUGCUCUUGCGGACGCAGCAGCUCAUUAGAUAUGCCUUGAUGGUUGUACCGCUUCACCUUAUUAAUCGACGUUUGCGGAUAGUCGCCCAUAGCUUUAGGCUUUUC